AUGAAGAAUCAGGAACCGAAGGAUUUAACAUGCAAGAAAGUAGCAUGGACAAUUUCAAACUUCAGCUCAUUGAAGAUCAAUGCCCCUCACUAUUCUGAGAUUUUCGCCGUCGGUGACUGUGCUUGGAGGCUUCUUAUAUAUAGAGGAAAAAUAGAUGGGAAGUCAUUCGCCAUAUAUUUGGAAGUAGCCGAUGCUUCAAGUUUGCGUCAAGGGUGGAGUAUACUUGCAGCCUUCAGCUUAACCGUCGUCAACCAAGUUUCCAGGACAAAAUCUCUAACAAAAGGAGACGCAGAUGUACCAGACAAGUUCUGUGCAGAUAGUUAUAGCUGGGGUUACAAAAUUUUUAUGCCCCUGAGUGAACUUGGAGACCCAACUAGUGGAUAUAUUUUGAAUGAUAAGUGUAUUGUUGAAGUUGAAUUAUUCUCGGUGACAUUUGAAGGCAUAGAGCCAACAAGUCGCCCAACACAUCCUUCCUUAUCUAAAGAACCCAAAGACGUUGAGUCAAAGGAUGAUGAUGUUGUUGAUUUCAAAGAUUUGGGAAAAAUAGAGAAAAAAUUUGUUCCGUUGCUAGAGGAAGUUUGUUCGUGGCAUCCUUCAUUGAUGGACUGUCAGAAGAACAAAAGUCGUAAGUUUACAGAGUGGGUAUUUACUGCAUUGGGUCGAGUUUUGCAAUUUCUGAAGGGUAAGAAGUGGAAAGAUAUGAAUGAGGAAGCAUGUGAGAAGCUUCGACAAGUGUGGGAGGAGCUUGAGAUGAGUAGAUUAGACUUGAGUUGGCUGGAGCCUCUUGUUAAAUCUGCUGUUAAUAUGAAAGGAUAUGAUGAGAAGGCAGAGAAAGUGAAAAAGUUGAAGCAAAAUUUGGUGGUUGUAGAGGCAGAAUUGAAAACGAUAAAGGAAAAACUAGCAAGUACAGAACAAAGGGUUGAGAUGGCAAGAAAAGAAUUGGUGAAUGCAGAACAAGACUUUGAAGAGAAGGAUUUAGAUGCAAAAAUUGGAUAUGGCAAACCGUAA